UUUAGUUGAAGAGAAAUGGGAUGAACGCUGUUUGUUAGUCAGUUAAUUUAUGUGACCUCGAAUAAUAACCUUGGCAGUUGGUGCCAGCUGUCUGUUGGGGGCAUCAACACUACGCUCCUUCCCCUCAACCAUCACCACCCCCAAACCAGUCAUCUCACUCGCCAACAACAACAACACCUCACUCACCUCUCACCACCUCCCCAGACAAACAAACCCUCACCCACCAUGCCUCCCCUCCCCCACCCCGAGCUCCCGCGGCUCAUAACCUACUACCAAACGCACCACACGCCCUCGGGCACUCCCAUCUCGAUCCUGCCCCUCCUCCAACAGCCCAACAUCACCCUCACGCACGUCAUCCUCGCGGCCAUCCACAUCAACGAGGACCCGGCCGCGCUCACGCUCAACGACCACCCGCCCUCGCACGAGCGCUUCACCACCCUCUGGGCCGAGCUGCGCGUGCUGCAGGCCAGCGGCGUCAAGGUGCUGGGCAUGCUGGGCGGCGCGGCGCCCGGCAGCUACGCGCGCCUGGACACGUCGGACGCCGCGGUGUUUGAGCGCUACUACGCGCCCGUGGCCGACCUGGUGCGGGCGCGCGCGCUGGAUGGGUUGGAUCUGGAUGUUGAGGAGCCCAUGUCCCUGGGGGGUGUGGUGCGGUUGAUUGAUCGGCUGCGGGCGGACUUUGGGCCCAAGUUUUUGAUUACGUUGGCCCCCGUGGCGUCGGCGCUGCUGGAGCCGCGCCGGAAUUUGAGCGGAUUUGAUUAUGGCGCGCUCGAGGGCCUGCGCGGGAAGGAGAUUGCGUGGUAUAAUGCGCAGUUUUACUGUGGUUGGGGUGACUGUAGCAACCCGGCCAUGUAUGAGAUGCUGCUGGCCAAGGGCUGGCCGCCCGAGAAGAUCGUCGUGGGGCUCGUCACCACCCCGCGCAACGGCGCUGGCUGGGUGCCGUGGAACAUGCUGGCCACUGUCCUGCCGCUGCUGGCGGGCCGGCACCCGCGCUUUGGCGGGGUCAUGGGGUGGGAGUAUUUCAACAGCCUGCCUGGCGGUGAGGAGAGGCCGUGGGAGUGGGCGCAGGCUAUGACUGCCUUGCUGCGGGGGAGGAGGACGGUGCCGGGCGUGGAAGGGCCGGAAGGGGGCACAAACUUGGAGGUGGAUCCUGAUGAUGGAGGUAGGGGGGCUGUGGUGCCGGUGCCCCAAGAAUUCCAGUAUCACUCCGACGGGGAAAAGCAGGACGAAUAGGUGCCGUCCUUUCCUCUGUUAUCCAAUAGUGAGUCACAAAGUCCCUCGGGACCUCCCGGAACCAUCGUUACUCGCUUGCGGCCAAGAGAGUCAAUGAAGCUAGAAGCAUCUUGCCACUCGCUUGUCGAGCCAUGUUUGAUCUCACCUCGAUCCGAACACCCUCGAUCAUCGAGCCUGCAGGGAGCCUGUGAGCUGUCACCUUGUGCAGGUCAGACCAACAGGCACACGCGCCAUUCGGACAGAGAUCGAAAGGGGGUGUGGGAGCGCUGGGGGGGUGCCAACCUCGCUCUUGUG